AAACAAAGGAACCUAAAAGGCUGUCAGUUUGGCUUAGGAUAUCUGUCGCCUAUCCUUCGAAAGUGCAACCAAGAAAACUGAGAUACAGUUUAUAUCAAACUGAAUUUCCAGGAUGAACCCUUCUGACAUAGCUUUGAGAGCUAAGCUACUGCAGCUGGAGUGUCACUUCACCUGGGAUCUGACCAAAGAAAGUGCAGACCUGUCAGAUCUUCAGACCAGGCUGGAGGAACAAAUAGAGCUGGACUUGGGCAAGAAAGCUGGGGCAAUCAGAUCAUAUUGCAUUUUGGCCUAUGUCAGGUACCUGCAAGGAUUCCCAGAUGAUGCCCUCACAAACUUGCUCAAAUCAGUGGAGAAGGGAAGGGAAUACCAUGGUGACGAUUGUGAGCGAUUUCUCAUCGUCACCUAUGGCAACCUUGCCUGGCUACACUAUCACCGAGGAUCAUACUCCCAGAGUGAGAACUACUUGGAAAAGCUUGUGGGUAUAAAAGAGAAGUUCCCCACUGGGUCACCGACCGUGGUUCACCCAGAUGUCUAUGGUCAGAAGGGCUGGACCUACCUCAAGUUCACCCGCAAGUACUACGAGAGAGCAAAGCAGUGUUUUGAAAAAGCCUUGGAGCUGGAGCCUGAGGAAAGUGAGUGGAACGCUGGUUAUGCCAUCGCUCUCUAUCGCACAGAAGAUUACAAUACAAGACCAGAGGACUCGCUAGCGGUGAGGCAACUCCGACGAGCCAUUGAGCUAAACCCAGAAGAUGCUGUUCUAAAGGUGUUGCUUGGCCUGAGACUGGCUGUAUUCAAAAAGCACAAUGAGGCUGGGAGGCUGAUUGAGGAAGCUCUUGAGAUGGAUCCUAGCAACCCCCAUGUGAUUCGCUACGUCGGGAAAUAUCUCCGCCACAGUGGCUCUGUAGACGAUUCCAUUGCACUGUUCAAGAGAGCUGUGGAGCGUACCAAUGAUUCGGCCUUCCUUCAUCAUCAGCUAGCUCUGUGCUACAGGUCGAAGAAGAAUGACCUGUUCCGUACAGGAGGUGCCUGGGGUAAGAAACGUGAAGUCAGACAGCUUAUUGCUCAGUGCAUCCAUCACCUGCAACUGGCUACAACACUGAAGUCUAACUUCAUUUUAGCGAUGGCUGAUCUUGCCCUGCACUAUGCGGAGAAUGAAGAAAUUGCCCGGGCAGAAAAGAUGUUCCAGGACACAUUCAAAGCAGCAACGGAGAACCACGAAAAGGUGAAUGUGGUACACCGUUUCUAUGGUGAGUUCCAGCAGUACCAUAAAAAAUCCGAACCACUAGCUAUCAAGCACUACAAGGAGUGUUUGUCACUGGGGUUCAAUACAUUUGAAGGGAGUAGGAGUGCCCUUUCCCUGAAGAAGAUGGCAGAGAAACGUCUGGACAGAGACCCCACAGAUGGAGAAGCCUUUGGAAUCCUGGGAUUCAUCCACAGGGCAGAGGGAGAGAAGCGUCGGGCAUUGGAGUGCUACGAGAAAGCUCUGCAGUUUGAUUUUAACAAUGACGAGUAUCUCAGUGCCCUGUGUGAUCUUCGCUUGUCUUUGCAGUAACUCGCCUUCUGUGUCAUAUCAAUGUAAGCUAAUAAUUACAACCACAGAUGUUUCAUGUUAACGAUUAUGAUUUUUUUUUUUUUUUUUUCAUGAAAGGGAAUGUGUUGUGAUGUGAACGAUUCUUGUAGCAUUAAGAUGAAAAUUGCAAUCAUUCUUGCAAUCAUCACCUCAGAAGAAUGACAAUAGUUUUGCUAGAAAGAUUUGCUAAGCAUGUUUUUUUAUAAACCUGAAGUCCAUAAUGCAAUGUGCACAAUAGUUAUUGUAAGUGUCAUUUUAUGAACCUUGUGCCCACUCCAGAAAGAUGCAACACUCUACCAGCUCUGCUGUAAACAUGGAAGUUCAAGCAAAUUAAUUUUGAAUAAUUUAGACGGGCCAUUACAUUUCAGACAGAUUAUUCUGUAGCUUUCCUGUCCUUCUAUCUAGCCUAUUCUUUAAAUGUGCGUUGUGUGAUAGCCUACUGUUGAUGU